AAUUUACCAAGUUUUAAUGUGAAUCAAAGUAUUUGAAGUUUUCUAAUAUUAUUUUAAUGUUUUAAGUUAGUGAUAAAAUUUAACCGUAAAUGUAUGUUGACAGUUUUAUCUUUAUAUAUGUAUAUAUAAAAGUGACAGAGUAUAACAUUUAAAAUUAAGAGCAAACUUUGAAUAAUAUUAAGAAUUUUUAUUAAUAAUUACGCGACAUUUUUGAAUAAAAUGAGCAGCACCGAUGGAAAUAAUGCAACGGGUGGCGGAGGAACACCUGGCCCAGGAAAUGUUGGUAAUAGCAAUAUCACUACUGCAACGGGAGAACAUUUCAAAAUUAUUAAAACUCAAUUAAUAUCCCAUCCACAUCCAGCAACUCUGCAACAAAAUCAACACUCACCAAUACUUUUACCUACUACAACUACUCCAACACUAGUACCAACACCACCCAUAUAUACAACACCCAACAAUUCACAAGUUGCACCAUCACCAAUACAGUUAAAAAAUCCUACAAAUGUAACGAAUUUGUUUGCUUUAAAUCCAGUUGCAGCCAAAAUAACACAUAUCAAAACAACCACAAUUGAUGCAGUAGCAGCUGCAGCCGUCUCAAAUGUGGCUAGCGGCAUAUCUUUAAGUAGUUUGACAACAGCGGCAGCAAGCGGUGCAGGCACCUUGGUGACAAGUGGUGGCGUAACUGCAAUGAGUGCUAUUAAAGUUGGUGCCAGUGGUGCAAGCGGCACACCUAUUGCUUUAAAUACAUCACAAGCUGCUAAUGCCGCAGCAGCUACUUCAAUACGUGCCAUAGGAACUGGUGGCCAAUCAACUCAAGUUAGGGUAGUUAUGGGGAAUCUAAUGCCUUCUAUGAUUAAGCAAUUAGAAACUGCUGGUCCAGGCCGAGCCCAAAUAACCGCUUUUCCAACAGCACCGGCACGUUCGGUAUCAAAUACAUCAAUAACGGUAACUAGGCCAGGCACGCAGACCGCCUAUUUGCCAAGAGCUAACGUUACUGCAGCUUCCAUGACUGGUGUGGGUGUGGGGGUUGGCGUUCCUACGGGUCAACGUCUUGUUACUCCUAUAAGGACGACACCGACAUCAGUAACUGCCACGGGUAUUGCAGGUGCUACGGUAACUGGUAUAACAGCGGCGGGAAAUUUUGUCCGUGGAACUACCGUCAGCCGUAACAGCACCUCACCUGCUACUACAGUUAUAUCUCCAGCUACUAGUACUACUUGGAUGGCUGCAAAUCCUGCCGGUCAAGUGCAACUGAUACGUGCCAUUCCACACCAGUCACGACAACGUAGCAGUGGCUCCGUAGUAGCUGUUACUGGAACAGUAGUUACAACGACUGGAUCUACAAUGCAGUCUGGAACUACAGUUGUAUCUGGACAGCAACAAACUCCAACAUCUAAAGGACAACAAUCCACGAUUCAAGCGGUUUCGUCUGCUUCUCAUAACCAACAACAACAGCAAACUUACGUAGCCACAAUUUUACCGCCGCGUCCACAUCAAGCCACUUUGGUAUACUCACCGAAUGUGGCUACAUCGCAACCCCUGGCGCAAACACAGUUCAACACAACGUCGGUGGCAACUACAGGACCAAGAUUUGCCGUAGCCACUCCCUUAACAGCUACGGCUGGCGCUGGAGCGUCCCCUCGUCAAAUUAGGCCAAUACCAUUGGGAAAAUCGUUUUCAACAGCAAAACUUAACACCACAAAUAUUAGUAUUCGAACACCAAAUUUGCCGCAACUUACUCCAACUAUAACAUCAAGUGUUUCUAAUGUGUCAACUGUAUCAAGUUCUGUAGCUUCAAAUCCAACACGCAAUACAACAGCAACUGGCGUCGGUGGUUCUACUUCCAAUGUUAUGUCGUCUACCAAUCUCCCAGCAACGCGCAUAAUUCAGCUGCAACAACAACCGGGUGGAGCUGCACAACUCUGUUCCACAGGGCGUUUGGCUGCUAAUGUGGUCUUGCAACCGAUUAUAGUAAACACUUCUGGAGGCGGAAAGUUCGGUAUACGCCCACCAGUGACUAUGGCAACUAAAGUUCAGCCUUCUUUGACCAUAACUCAACUGGGUAUUGGGAAAUUACCUUCCUCUGGUUCAUCGAGUGCGAUUGCUGGUGGUAGUUCUUUGGGGCAACCGUCGAAUGUAUGUAGCACUGGCAAUAGCCCAUCUCCAUCUGUUUCAACGACAAGUAUAACAGCCACAAAUAUAUCCGCUAAUACAACAACACAAUUAGUAAACGUUUCGCAAGGUGGUAGUGCCCAAUUAUUGACCACUCAAAAUAUAGUCAGUUCAGCGACGGGAGCCAGUUCAAGUGGAGGAGCUACAGUAGUGCCGUUGGCCAUUGGUACACGUGGGGCCAGCGGUGGUAAUAUAAUUACGGGCACUAUGACGCCGAUUAAAAACGCUGGAUCGAUUACGGUGGGUAAAGUAAUGACACAAGCCCAGUUGACAUCACCUUUGGAAAACAGCGCAUCGGUUUCGGCUGCAGCUGGCCCCUCAGGCAAUGUUUAUAUACAUCAUGCUCCUGUUCCGCAGCGACCGCUUAGCGCCAGUAGUUCAGGUAGCAGUGGUGGCAUAUCUACAUCAAAUACAUCUAUUUCGAUGUCGUCUAAUACAAGUGCUGCUAACGUUCUCACCUCCACAGGUACUGUUACAUCCGGUACAUUUUUACAGCCGGGAAGUACUAUCUACUAUGAGUCAGUGCCAGCCAAUUCAGUACAAGUAUCCACGGGUGUUUUAUCGUUAACCACGACCACUGUAACGAAUAGUACAAUAUCACAAAACCAAAUAGUGAGUUCUACAGCUAAUCUCUCGAUAUCUUCGCUACCCUUUGUAACUCAUACCGGUGGCAAUACAUCAACAGCCACGUUCACAGUCGUUCCAUCAGGUGGUGGUCGCACAAUCGGGCAGGUACAAAUACCGGUGUGCAAUGCAGCAGCACAUUUGCAGGCUUUACCUGUGCGCUUCAGCCAACUACCCGCUGGGAAUUUAGCUGCAGCGGCUGCUGAUGCUGUAGCAGUAUCGCAAACUACGCCACAAGUAAUACAGCAAACGUCUGCGUGUAGCGCGGAGACUUCACUCAUUAUACCUACUGCACAGCAAACUAACGUAUCAUCUGGAAAUAACGUAGUGGGGAUGAAUAGCAAUCAACAAACGCAGCAUAUGCUUAUACCCCUACAAACUUCUAUAAAAAUGACUGCAGGUAACGGUUCUACUGGCACCGCCGUAGUUUCUAAUUUUCUCCGUAAACGCGACAUCGAUGGUUCUCCUAUACUGGCCGCAAAGAAUCUUGGACCUACACUUAUAUCAAUGGGAUCUUCCAGUGGCAUGAUGGCUGCUAGUUCUUCAUCAAAUUCGUCAAUAAAUAAUUCAUAUAGUCUUACCUCGGUAACCACAUCCAACGCUCCUGUUGUGUUGUGUACCGAAACUUUGAGUAAAAAGGACAAGCCGGCGAAUAGUGUAACACUAUGCAGUGUAACUUCCAAUGCAAGUGGCAUACUUGCAUCCACCAGAAAUUCUCGUACCGACUCACCAGCUUCAUCUGAUGGAUCUACUACAGUUUCAGCCAAUUCGUCCCCCGGUGUUGAUCAGCAAAUGCAGGAUGGUAAUAUGGUUAUCAAUCGCAUGAUCAGCGGUCCAAGUAUGGAAACUCAUUUCAAUCCCAUUAACGAGCUUUACCCCAGUCAUCAUUCUAUGGCCCAACAGCAUACAACGUCUGGCACACCGGUUAAUUCACGGAACUUAACCAGUGUGGACCAUCAUAACAUAAAACACGCUGUUUUGAAUUCCAAUACACAACAGCAGAGGCUUAACGGAGGUUCUAUCGAAUGUCCGCCACGUAAAAAAUCGAGAAAGUCAACAAAUGAUAGUCAGCCUUCACCACAAAAUCAAGCUGCUCUCAGUUUACCACCGCUAUUGUCAAAUAAUCCCAGUGUAUCAGCGAACGCUAACAAUAACGCAAUAAUCGAAUCUACGGUAUGUUUGGCAGGGACCACUCCAACAGCUGUGGUAGGCAAUUGCACGCCGAGUUCAGUCAGCAUUGGACGUGAAGUUAUCAAUGGCAAAGAGAAUACAAAGCCGGUCGAAUAUGUUUUAAAACGUCCACGUAAUCUGACGUUACUGAGUACUUAUAAACAAAAUUGGAAAUCGGCGUAUAACCAUUUUCAACGCUAUUCUGAUGUGAAGCCUCGAGAAGAACGAAAGCCGACCAUUAUGGAUUUAGCAAAGCAAAGCAAUGUAUUGGGCAAAAUAAAUGGCUGGAAAAUUUAUCAUCUUCGUUCACAAAUGGAAGAUUUGUGCGAAAAUGAAGCAUUGGGUUAUGAUAAGCUAUCCACAAUGCUUAAGCAAAUGGAAUCGCAUGGCAUUAACAACGAAAUUGAACGUAUUAGCGAUCUAGUAAAGGGUAAUAUGCAACGCAGUAAAAUCAUUGUGGACGGUGUUAAUGAGGCACAAAAUCAAAUUAUGAAAAUUUUCGAUCAUAAAUCUCACAUUUCGGACAUUAUUAAUCGAUGCGCGUCGAAAAGGAACUUCAAAAAACGCGAAAAACCCUAAAGCGACUUUUGCUUCACACAUUUUUAUUAACACCUAUUCUCCUUGCUUUAAAAACAUGAUCAAUGCGAAAUAUAAUCACCCAAUAUUUUACAACUAUGUACACCUACUCCGUGGUAUAGUUAAUAGAAGAAUAACUUUUUUUUUGUUUAGCUUGAAAAUAU